AUGUCGUUGCAAAGUCAACAACCUGACGUCAAUACUCUGUUGCACAACAUGCGUGCACAGAUCUUGGCAUUGACCACACAACUUGCUGAGCUGCAGGCGAACCCCGCCGCAGCAACCCCCUCGGUCGGGAAAAAGUUCACAAAGAAAGAAAGAGAAAGAUCACGAUUCGCCAAACGGUGGAUCAAACUCCAGAUUUGGGUCAAGGCAAACUGGGAUGCGUUUGCCAACGACUUCGAGGUAGCUACUGCGGUGCUAUCUCGGCUAAAAGGACCUGUGGCGGGUCAAUACGCCCAAGUUAGAUUACAGGAGUGCUACACCGCGGGUGUGUGGCCUACCUGGGAUGAUCUCAAGAUAGAGAUUGAAAAAUACUUCAAACCACAAGCUGAGCGCAACUGGGCGCAUCAGCAAAUCUGUUCCUCCAAACAAGGAAAUAUGAGGACUGACGACUUUGUAACCCAGUUCCUGGCUCUCUCCAUCCAAGGGGGCUUAGGAAAUGAGCAUGCAGUAGAGCUGCUAGAACAAAAUGUAAACCCUCAUAUUGCAGAACAACUCUAUCUGCAAGAUAUGAGAAGCGACAACCUCUCCCAAGCAGUGGAGGAGGUUCGGAAAAUAGGUAGGGCCAUAGAGCUCUACAAGAUGCACCAAGGUGGCGGGUCCACCACUAAAAAUAACUUUUCCCAGAGGAGCCCUGGGUCAUCAAACCAAAAAUCACAUCAUUCUCAUGGGUUUCAGCCUUUUGGAUUGCAACCAGGUUGGGGUGCACCAAUGGAUAUUGGUGCGGUCCAAGGCAGACAGAAGCACAGAUUCACCUGCUUCAGCUGUGGGCAGGAGGGGCACAUGGCCCAAGAUUGCAUAAACGGAGCGUGGGCCGCUCAACAAAAAAAUAACCAAGGGCGCCAGGCGCGCCAACUAGAAGCGGAGAAACCGGACGAUCAGCUCCAGACUCUGGCCGGUCGUUCAUACGACAAGAUCCGGGCCUUCUUUUACGACCAGCAGGUCGCUGAAAUGAAGACUCAGGGAAAAGAGUUUGGAGCUUAG